GCUUUUUCAGUGCGUUUAACAAUCGAAAGCAGAUGAAGAUUUAAUGUGAUAUGUUUGUAGAGUUUCAUUCAUGAAUAGCUCCAAGAUUAUUUUUUUUAUAACACGCUCAGUUUAUUAGUAACAAUGAAACUGUUAUCUCAUGGCAUUAUAAAAACAGGUAACUUAGUAAAAUCACCACCGUUAAACUCUAGAGGUAUAAAACGAUGGCAUAAAAGAUUUUUCAUUUUUUACGAUUCUUGCCGAGCAUUACGACCGAUACGCCCCGGUUCAACUGGCAUCGAACAAAAAUUAAAUAAUGAAGCUGCUAAAAGCGGUUCAAAAAAAAGAUCUAAGAGUUUUCGUGACACUGUUCGAAGGUUUACAAUAACAAAAAAAGUCUCAGAAGAAAACAACGAAAAACUUGAAGAUUUAGUGUUGUUAUACUAUGAAAGUGAGGAAAAAGAACGCAAAGGUGCUUUACCAAUUGGUAAAAUAGUGUGCAAAGAUGUUAUAGUUGAAGAAAACAAGCAUAAAAUUAAUGGCUAUCGAUAUGUUAUCAAUUUCCAGACAAAAGAGAGAUUGUUUCAUUUAUGUGCAGAAACAUUAGAAGAACAUAAAAGUUGGUUGAAAGUUUUUAACAGUUAUUUGAAUAAGCAGAGAAUAAAGCGAAGUGAAUCCAUCGAUUCUCUUGAAGACUUCUUAAGUGAUAAAAACAGUUCUUCAAAUGACGAUUUGUUGCAUGUUAGAAAUAAUAACUUAUUAGAACAGUUAAGUGAAUGGAAAAAACAGCGUGAUAGUGUUAAUUCAUCAGCCAGAAUAAGUUAUUUUUGUGAGGAAAGUAUUGGAACAUUCGGGUAUGAAAAUUUACCAGGUAAUAAAGACUCUGGGUAUUCGGAUUCAACUGUUUUAAAUAAUUCGACACACUGUGUUAGUUAUCAGGAUGAAAUUGAUUUAAAUUGCUCUCAGCAGAGCUCUGUCUUAGAUAAUAGUAGAAAAUGUUUUUUGAAAAAUAGCAUUCAAAAUGAAAAUGAUACAUUUUGUAGUGAUGAUAUAUACCAGACUCCACAGACACAUUCUAUUGGGGAAAUUUCUUCAUUUUGUUAUCCUCAAACAAACCCUCAUCUAAAUAACCUUGAUAAUGGUAUGCUGACAAAAACUAACCAAAAUGAAAGCAAUGCGUCCUUUAGUGAUUUAUACCAAAUUCCUUAUAGAGAUAUUGUAGAUAAAAAAAAAGAAAAUAUAUCUCAACACAACAAUGAUUUAUAUAAUGAAUCUGAUUUUGUAAAUUUAGAUCAUUUUACUUUUUAUGCAAGUCCUCAACAUAGCUCGAGUACCAUGAAUGAUGAAAUAGAAAAUCAUAGACAUAGUUUGAGCGCCAUGAAUGAUGAAAUUCAAAAACAUCAACAUAGUUUUAGUGUCAUGAACAAUGAAAUAAUUAAACGUAGAUAUAGUUCAAGCGCUACUAAUGAUGAAAUAGAAAAUCAUAGGCAUAGUUUGAGUGCCACGAAUGAUGAAAUUCAAAAACAUCAACAUAGUUCUAGCAUCUUAAACAAUGAAAUUCUUAAACGCAGAUAUAGUUCAAGUACUAUGAAUGAUGAAACAGAAAAUCAAAGACAUAGUGCAAGCAUGAAUGAUAAAGUUCAAAAACAUAGUAGGAACUGCAUGAACGAUGAAAUCGAAAAACUCGAACAAAGUUCAGCCAUCAUGAUUAAUGGAACCCACAAGCGUAGACAUAGUUCAAUCACCAUAAAUAACAAAAUACAAAGGGACCGUAGUGAUAUUUAUGAAAAUGUAACAUUAAAUAAAAAUGUUAAUGCUUGUAUCAACUCAUGUUCAAAUGAAAAUUCAUCAUGUGAUAGUCAUUUAAACAAAGAUUUUCUGUUUAUGAAUAGCCUUUCAUUACAUGAUGAUAUUAUUAAAAAUUUAACAAAUGAGAGAAAAGACUCUGCAAAUAUUCCUAAUUAUCAAAAAAUGUCCAGUGCGUUUUAUUCAAAAAGUAGUACUACUUCUGUGUUACCUGAACACAAACUGAAAGAUGAAAACGACUCACAUUUAUUUGUAAAUAUAUUUCCUGAGAUUAAUGUUGAUGAAAAUGUGUACAUCAAUUCAGAUGAAUUGAUGCAUAAAUCACUAACUAAAAAUAUGCCAGUUCAUGACAAUGGAGAUUAUAUGGCUUUAGAUCCAAAUUUUAAAUCAAGCAUUGAGUAUGAUGAAGAUGCCCCAGAACUUCCACGUAAAAUGAGUAUGCAUCGGCGUUGCAGUGAGCCGGGAAAAAAUACUUAUGGAUGCAAAACUCAACCUCAAAAAAAAAGCUGUUCCCAAGUUGAAAAUUCAGCAGGAUUUUCAAAUAAUGGUAGUGAAUUUCAUUGGGCGGUCAUAGAAAAAACUAAAUAUGAAGAUGUUUCCAGAACACAAACUUUCUCUGGCACUAAAGAAUUUAGAAGACCGGUUACAAAGUCAUUUAAAUAAGUUUCUUAUAAAUUAAAUCUUUUAUUUUUAACUCCUUAAAUAUUUUAAAUUUUUAGAAUUUAUUUAUUUUCUUUUUUAAAUUGCUAUAACUUUUAAAUUGUAACAAUAUAUUUUUUCUUUUAUAUUUUCAAAACAUGCAAUUGAAAAGUUUUUUAUAGCGUUGUAGACUUAAAAUGAAGUAAAGUUUAUAUUUUAUGUACUAAAAAUAUUUUAUUUAAAGAAUUUCAAUUUUAAUUUUUUGUAAUAAGUUAUUUUAUCAUUACCUAUUACAU